UACUUGCGAGUAUGAAAAUCCGUUAUGCUUUUGCAUGAAAUCAUCAUGAUCAUGGUCACAACCCACCCCGGUUAAAGUUUCUGUUCUCUUACUCAGCAGUUUGAAAACGACAGUCUGAAAUGUACAUUUGUUUUGAUUAUGUGUCCAUAUCUUUGCUAGCUUCUGCACUAUUCCACCAGCACAACCCAUCUCCUCACAAAUCCCACCCCACCUACAAACUUCACUUCUGAUCCAAAUUCUUCUUCCUGGAACUGUGAUUUUUUGACAGAUUUUCCAUCUGGGCUGCUGUAAUUCUCGCUAAAGAUUGAAUCUUUGUUGUGUUUACCUUGAAAAAUGGUGGUGGCUUCCUCUGUUGCAUCUCCACUCUGCACAUGGUUAGUGGCAGCAUGCAUGACUGCGCCGAGUGAAAAGGGAACCUUUUGUAAGCCGUCGGAGUUUAUAAAGUGCCCAAAGAAGUUAAGUAGGUCAGCUAGAAGGAAGAGUAUGGUGGCUCAGAAGAGUGGGAGCUUGGUUUCUUCUUUGUAUGGUUGUGGAAUUAACAGUUUGAUGAGUUUUUGUCCCUUUGAGCCCUGUGAAGAGUACUAUAAUUCACAGGGAUUAUCUCCUUGUUUUGCUUUGUUUGGAGAGAAUGGAUUCUCUCUUCUUUUUGGGUCCAAGACUUUACCAAUGAACCGCAAGCAAAGGAGGUUGAAUCAAGCUUCUAAUUCUGGUAAAACAAUGGUUGUAGGUGUACAACCUGAGAAACAAGUCAGCAUGAAAAAGAAACUUGUAACAAAGAAAAGGAGGGUUGUUGUUACAGGACUUGGUGUUGUGUCGCCACUUGGACAUGAUGCGGAUGUGUUUUACGGUAAUCUUCUUGAAGGUAUUAGCGGGGUUAGCCAGAUUGAGGCAUUUGACUGUACUGAGUUUCCCACACGGAUUGCAGGAGAAAUCAAGAAUUUCUCGCCUGAUGGUUGGGUCUCACCAAAGCUUUCAAAGCGGGCUGAUAAGUUCAUGCUUUAUUUGCUGACUGCCGGCAAAAAAGCUUUGGCAGAUGGUGGGAUUACUGAUGAUGUCAUGGCGGAGUUAGACAAGACUAGAUGUGGGAUCAUAAUUGGUUCUGCUCUUGGGGGAAUGAAGGUUUUUAGCGACGCCAUAGAAGCUUUAAGGAUAUCGCACAAGAAGAUGAAUCCAUUCUGUAUCCCGUUUGCAACGAGUAAUAUGGGCUCUGCUGUUCUUGCAAUUGAUUUGGGUUGGAUGGGUCCAAAUUACUCGAUAUCUGCAGCUUGUGCAACGAGCAACUUCUGUAUACUAGAUGCAGCCAAUCAUAUCAUAAGAGGUGAAACAGAUAUGAUGCUGUGUGGUGGCUCUGAUGCAGCAAUUAUUCCCAUAGGAUUGGGAGGAUUUGCUGCAUGUCAAGCGUUGUCACAGAGGAAUGAUGAACCGACCAAAGCUUCUCGCCCGUGGGAUGUGCAUUGUGAUGGAUUUGUUAUGGGAGAAGGAGCUGCUGUGCUGCUCCUGGAAGAACUAGAGCAUGCAAAGCGGAGAGGUGCGACUAUCUAUGCAGAAUUUCUAGGUGGAAGCUCCACAUGUGAUGCAUAUCAUACGACUGAGCCACAUCCUGAUGGAAGAGGAAUUGUCCUUUGCAUAGAGAAGGCCUUGGCUGAGUCAGGGGUAGCCAGAGAAGAUAUCAACUAUAUAAAUGCUCAUGCCACAUCAACACCGUUGGCUGACUUGAUCGAAUGCCAAGCUAUAAAUCAUUGUUUUGGACAAAACACUGAGCUGAGGAUGAACUCAACAAAAUCGAUGAUCGGUCACCUGCUGGGGGCUGCUGGUGCUGUUGAAGCUGUCGCAACUGUCAAGGCCAUACAGACGGGAUGGAUUCAUCCAAAUGUCAAUCUUGAACGCCCUGAUGAAGGCGUGGAUGCAAAUAUACUUGUCGGCUGCAAGCGGGAACGCUUAGAUGUAAAAGUAGCACUCUCUAAUUCACUCGGCUUUGGAGGACACAACUCAUCCAUUGUAUUUGCCGCCUACAAAGACUGUAAAGCAACUGCAUGAACAAACCCAGUGGCUUGAGAUUGAGUACUGCAAUUUGAAUCAUGAUUUUCCUUUCCUUCGGUUUGUACAUUUUAACUGAGAGAUAUAAAGUUCUUCACUUCUAAACUAAUCCCAUAUUUGAAUACCGAACCAUCAUGUUCUAUUCCGAGCAGCUAUCAUGUUCUAUUCCGAGCAGCUGAUCAAGAUCAAUCGGCAAAAAUCACAGGCAUGGCCACUGAUAAUCUUUCAGGCUAAACAACCAGAAACAGGCAGCUAAUUCAAAACCAUCUCGAUGUAAUGAAUACCGGAAAAAGAUAAGGAAAUAUUAUGUGAAAAAGAAAAAAACUACUGGAAAAAUCUUAACGUUAUGUCUAUCAAUGUGAAAAAUACAGUACCGAGUAACUAGAUGUAUAUGUAGAUAGAGAUAUGUAAAGGAAGAUGAUGCAACCAGGUUUAUACGACAUGUUAAUAUCGAAUUAUCUCUUAAUCAAAUAUCUCUAUUUUCCAACAGGGCCUUAAGUGCCAAAAAAAAAAAAAAA